AUGUUGACGACCGCCUCUCAGUUCACCCCUCGGACGAGGUGCCUGCAAACCAGUCAUGCUGCUAACGCUCGGAUCGUCGGCGUGGCUGGUAGCUGGCAUCGACAGCAAUCCCGAGGCUUCCGCUUCAGCAUGUGGUCCAAGUACGUCGACGACGACCUUCAGCGCGAGAUACGACGACGACAGCGCAUCCUGAUACAUAAAUACACCGAACAGGUCAACAGACGGUUGUCAUGGGACAAGCAUCCUUUCGCCGAGGACGCCCGACACGCCCUAAAGCGCAUGAUCAACACUUACUGGCAUCCUCACUGUGCGCGUCCGGGGCCCCGGUCAUGGAACGACGCUGAGCGCCAUAAGCAGCAAACACCCGAGAACAAGGACGGCGUGCGUCCUGGCCAAAACAUCGAGGAUGUCGAGCGCGGGGCCAUGGAUCAUCUGCUAUUCGGCCAAGAGAAGGAGGAGCCGUUCCGAGGAUCGCACAGCAGGGGAUCGCCGCCGAAAACUAGAUCGACAGCUCAGACAGAUGACGGCAGGCCCAUCGAGCAGGGAGACUUCGUCAUCGAUCCAAUCACGAAUCGGAAAGUUGCAAGAGAUCCAAGUCCUAGGAGCACCAAACCUGAAGGAAACAUUCCUCUCGAUGUCUUGGAACGUUCCCAGUCCCCGCCUACCCGCCACGUCAACUCCCUAUAUAAUGAAAUCUCGGUAGAGAAGACUCGUGAGGACAGAAGCUCUGACAUCGGCCCUGGAACAGAAGGUUCCGACAUAUCCAUGGAUGCAUCAGACAGGCCAGAUCCCACUGUGCAAAACAGAGGUCCCCUAUAUGAUACGAAUACCCUGAAGACUCGAUCCAAGCUUUGGAGUGAUGCCAUUCCACAAGCGACUUACAGUUCCAAUUUACUUCAGAAGGACAAGCCAGUCAUCGUGGACCAGGCUGAGGCUGACAAGCCUGAGGGCUUCUCUAAAGAGAACCUAACGGAUGAUGACUUGCAAAAGUCCAACCCCUUACAGUACCUGGACCCGUACGGGAGACCCGAGUCCGUUGCUGAAGAGCUACAUACGCAGCAGCAGCACGAUGGUCUUGCCAGGCCCAAGACAGCGGCGGACAAGGCUCAUGAGCAGUUUGAGGAUCUCAACCCACCAAGCGAGGAUCUCAACAAGUAUGAAAGCAAGCCUUGGCUGGCCGAGGAACUCUCGAAACGUAUUGUGGGGGACAUCGAACCCAGUCGUCCCGAUCAGCACACACCGGUCCCUAGCGAGGUUGGUGCUUCACGAAGUGACGCGAAGACUCCCUUCAACGUCCUGAAUUUGCAUUCAGCGGAUUGGACCAGUGAGCUUAAUGGCAAGCCUUCGAGCUCUACUGAAAGUUCUGCGAAACCCGAGGUCCAUACCAGAUACCGGUCCUUCAUUGAACAGCUAGAGCCCGACGACUUCACAGAACCAACCGUCGAAGAUUUUCGGAGAAAGUAUGGCCAGACUGAACUGAAGCAGUACACCCCGCCGAAAGAUCUAGAAUCCGACGGAAACCCCGACGUGGACACGGCAGGUGGAAAGGGCAACGACGUCUCGGAACGAAUGGCCUCCACAGAGAUGGACAGCACUGAUGAGUCGGGCCACGAAAUCACGUGCAAGACAAUACAGUCUAAGAAAGGUCCAGGCAUCGAUGUGAUGGAAUCGCUGAUGGAACAGCAUGGGCGAAUGUCAGAUGCUGAGGACAGAGAGGCAACCCUUGCUGUCAAAUCUGCAAGAGCCAAGAAUCAACAUGGCAGCGCGUCGGCAACCAAGGUGACGGGCUCCUUUGUUCGUGACUUUCCCGAGGAGUUUGAAAAGUCUUGGACGCAGACACUUUCUUCAGUGCCUACUGAGCGCACAGAGUCGGAUUUGAGUAAUGCUCAGGUUCACAGCGAGAACAUGGACGGUGGCUUAGAGGGUGCAUUUGGCCGUCCUUCGCCCUCCAAGAUUCAGCCCGCUCUAGACCGACAGGUUCAUCGGAAUCCAGUGAUCAAUCAUCAUGAUCUCCAGUCCAAGGGUUCCCAAGGUCUUGAGAUCCCAGUUGUUGAGUGUAGCAGUGACGCCACUCCGUCGCUGCCCGAGAAAUAUGGGAACUCGCCCGCUGCUAGCCAAGACCUUCCGGAGGAGGCCGCAUCCUCCAUGGUCAAAGAGCCAGCCGCCCCGUCUCAGGACAUCAGCUCCGGCUCAACGGAUGGGCCUUCACUGUACAAGAUUCUGGCGUAUGACCCAACCAUGCAGAAAGUCAACAUGGCCGAGACCACGUCGCUGGUACCGGACUUUACAUCUGCCUUGUCGCCAGCCGAUGCACUUCUUCGCCUUUCAAAUCCUACAAAGUUCUUGCCACACUUUGCCGCUCUUGAGGCACAGGGAUUUGAGAUCGUCUCAGGGAGUGGGGACGUGCUCAUCUUCCGCAAGGUGCGCCCGUCAACGACUAAGCAGACAGAAGACAGCCUUGCAGAAAAUAAGACGGGGUUAUCGUCUGUGGAGGCCCAGCCUCAGCCUACCUCGACACCCAUCAACCCGAUCGACAUGACAGGUCGACCCAGAGUCGUGUCACCGGCUAGCGCCAACUUUGCCUCUCCUACGGGGUAUGUCAAUUACGAAAACUUGGCCGGCAAUGAAGCCAGUAAGCUUCCUCCUCCGCCGCCGCCAUCAUCACCCCGGAUCAAAUACAACAUCAAUCUCCGGCGUGAGGAGCCUGUAUACAGUGGCCCCAAGCAUGCGGCGACUGAUGGCCAGAAAAAAAAGAGCAGCUUGGGCAAAAGAUUGCUUGUGGGUGGUGUUUGGGUGGCUGGUAUCAGCUACGGUCUUGGCGUUGUGUCCGAGUAUUUCACGACCGGUGGCAUAGACGGCACGGGGCCUCAUGGAUUUUAAGCUGCUUUGCUUCAUCCAGAGGCAAGCCUGUUCUGGUUCUCGAUUGACCCAAGAGUCAACUUCUUUCACAGGCGAGACUGUUCCGCAGUACGAGAGACUGACAGAAUUUCACUACUCACGAAGGAGGCAACCGACGAAAUCAUUUCUGCAAAUUACGAAACGCUGUACAAGUAUCAACAAUGGGAAACCUCUACUCCUUGACGGAAAGGAGUUUUGGGAGGAGGGGAUUAGGCGUUCUGGACUUGAGAAUUGCGCGUGACAGCUACCUAGCUCGUCUAGGGUGCUUGCGAAGGACACACCGGCGAAGAUCUCAACUCUGACACAUCUUCCCAACUUUCUUUUCUGCGACGGCAGCGCUAUAUACCAAGCAUGAUCACAUGUACCGGAGCUGGCGUAGGAUAGCACAGGGUAGUGUACAGACUAAGGCGGACCAUCUCAAUUCAAUUUAUGAAUUCUUC